GAAAAUCGUCGGCACUAGUGUGUUCACUUUUUCUCUUUCUGUUGUUGAGUGUUGUACUCUGUACUUUAACAUGUUCAGGUCUUCUUCUUCAUAAUCUAAUUACAAACAUAAUCUACUCUUUCUUCUUCCAUGGCUGAAGCCACCAAGUACUCGCCCAUCGGUGCUGCUUCCAACAACAACCUCAACCUCGGCACCGACCUCAAGACUCUCUUCCCCGUUCUCAAGACCAGAAGAGCCGUCACUUUCGCCUACGCUUUCACCAUCUUCUUUGUUGCCGUCACCAUCUUCCUUGCUUUCUCUCCUUCUCAAAACGCUUCUUCUCCUUGGUUCACCAACAUCUUCUCCUCUUCCACCCUUCCCACCGCUCCUUCCUCCUACAAAUCACAGUUAUCUUCCGUUUUCUCUUACUUCUUCAACACCACUUCUUCUAAUGAUGAUGAUAACAAUAACAAUCCUUUUUACCCUCCUGAUCCAUUCACCAACACUACUUCUUCUUUUACUUCUACUUCUAGAUCUGCCAAUGCCACUUCUCAAACUCAUGAUAACACAACAAGAGCAGAGCCACUUCAACCUGCAACAACCGCUUUACACAACACCACUCUUGUAACUUCCACCACCACCAACAAUUCUUCUCAAUCUCGUGCUGACACCUUCAAGGUAAAGCCACCACCCCUUAAGCAAGAAUCAGAUGCUGCAAAUCACACAAGCAAAACCGGUGGAGCCAAGGUUGAAACCACGGCGAAUCUAACUUCAAAUGCUGUUUCAGCACCUGCACCUGCUGCAAGUCAUGUUCCGGUGGGGACACCUCAUCAGAAUCUGAGUUCUGUUUCUGCUCCUGUGAAGGCCAAUUAUUCCGUGAAGGGUGUUGUGUCAGGGAAUUACACGGCUUCCCUGGCGAAGAAGCAGAGUUAUGAUGAAUUGAUGGAGUCACUUGCCAAGUGUGAUUUUUUCCAUGGAGAAUGGGUUAAGGAUGACAGUUACCCUCUAUAUAAACCGGGUUCUUGCCCUCUGAUCGAUGAACAGUUCAAUUGUAUUGGGAAUGGAAGGCCUGACAAAGAUUAUCAGAAGUAUAAGUGGAAGCCCAAGGAUUGCACCCUCCCAAGGAUGGAUGCACAUCGGAUGCUGGAUUUGUUGAGAGGGAAAAGAUUGGUUUUUGUUGGUGAUUCACUCAAUAGGAAUAUGUGGGAGUCUAUGAUUUGCAUACUGAGAAAUGCUGUGAAGGAUAAGAAGAAGGUUUAUGAAGUAAAUGGAAGAGUCCAUUUCAGAGGGGAAGCCUCUUAUUCAUUCAUAUUCAAAGAUUAUAACUUCACAGUGGAGCUUUUUGUAUCACCAUUCUUGGUUCAAGAGUGGGAAGUGCCAGACAAGAACGGAACGAAGAAGGAAACGCUUCGUCUCGAUUUAGUUGGCAGAUCUUCAGAUCAAUAUAAAGAUGCAGAUAUCAUUGUCUUCAACACUGGUCAUUGGUGGACUCAUGAUAAAACUUCCAAAGGGAAGGACUAUUACCAAGAAGGUAGCCAUGUCUAUAAUGAACUAAACGUCCUCGAGGCAUUCCGAAGAGCGAUAACUACUUGGAGCAGGUGGGUUGAUGCCAAAGUAAACCCAUCCAAGUCUAUGGUCUUCUUCAGAGGCUACUCUGCUUCCCAUUUCAGUGGUGGACAAUGGAAUUCGGGUGGAGCAUGUGAUAGUGAAACCGUGCCUAUAGACAAUGAGAAGUACCUAACAGAAUACCCUCCUAAAAUGAGAGUUUUGGAGAAGGUGCUGCAGAAUAUGAAAACUCAUGUCUCUUACCUUAACAUCACUCGAAUGACGGAUUUCCGGAAGGAUGGUCAUCCCUCGAUAUACAGGAAGCAAAACUUAUCACCGGAGGAAAGGAAAUCGCCAUUGAGAUACCAAGACUGCAGUCACUGGUGCCUUCCGGGGGUUCCAGAUGCAUGGAAUGAGAUCCUCUAUGCUGAACUUCUGGUGAGGCAGUACAAAAAAAAGCAACAGCAGAAGAAAGCAUAGGUAUUAAACCACUCAUUACCAAUGUUCUUUCCCACGAUGAGUUUAAGCUGAAAGCUUAAGCUUUAUACAGAUGCAAUAUACCAUUUUUGUCCCAUCCAUUUUCUUGGAUAGGGAAAGCAAGAUUCCAUAUAGAGAAUUCCUUUUCCACAUCUACAUUUUCCAAGGUUCAUAUAGUUAAUGUCAAGUGCAAAGAUAUAUAUACACAUAUAUUACCUUGAAACUCUGCAAUAAAUUUGUCCAUAUGAGAAGCGUAGGUUUGUAAGGCUGGUGGUGUUUCUUAUUGCAAAUCAUCUCCUUGCAUUGAAAAGUUGAUCCUAUUGUACAUCUCAAAUCAAUUAGAUUUUGUUUAUUUUUAAUGUAAUCAAAUUAUUUAAAUAUAAUAUGUUCUUGGAGGUUCUA